CAGAGAUUCAUAAGUGCAUCGCUGAAAGAGGAUCUUUUAACAACUGAUGUAGUGCUAUUGCUAUGGGCAUCGUACAAUAUCUCCAAGUCGUGCUGUUUGUAUUCAAUUUGACCCUCUCCACUGAGGCACAGAAAAAAGUAACUUGUCAAAACUUCAAGUUUGCUAUCGAUGACGAUGUCAUCCAUAACCAAAUUCUUGAGGGUCACGUGUUUGAAAGAUUGACAGUCCCAAACGCCAUCCAGUGUCACUUGAAGUGCAAAGAUGACUGCCUGUGUGUAUCCAUGAACUAUUUCCCUCUUUCCAAAGAAAACAAUUGUGAGCUUAACGAUGCUAACAAAGACAUGGAGCCAGCGGCGAUGAAAUGGAGGCAAGGGGGAAAUUAUUAUGAUUUGGUGAGAAGCUACACGGUGAAGGGUGGAGACAAAUACACACCAGAGAAGCAUCAUUGCAUCGACAGAUGCUGCCGCACCAAUCCUUGUCUCAAUGGAGGUGUAUGUCAAGAGAUUUGUGACGCUCACAGCAUCAGGUUUAACUGUACCUGUCCUAUCACAUACUCUGGUCAGCGGUGUGAGAAGAUGAAACAUCCGAGAAGCUGCAAAGACGUAGCUAAGAACGGUGCCUCGACAUCAGGAAAAUACGACAUCUAUAAUUCAGACAAUGAACGGUUUUCUGUUUACUGUGACUUGCAGUCUGAACCUGGCUUUGUAUGGACGUUAAUACAAUCGUUAUCCUUGUCCAAGAGAAAUGCCUUCAAUUAUGCAGAGUUUGGCAAAAACUUUGAGAUUGAUAUUAGAGAGGGGGAAGUGAAUUGGAGCGAGUUCCGACUAUCCUUAUCACAGAUGCAGUCUCUUGCUAUUUACUCCACACAUCUGAGAGCAACUUGUAACUUUUCUACGGAUGGUCUGCAGUAUACGGACUACGCACGCGCUAAGCUGGCAGGUCAUAACAUUUUUGGUACCUGGGACACCUGCCAGAUGUACGAAUAUGUUAAUAUCCGGGGAAACUCUUGUUCUAAUUGCACCGCCCUGACAAAACAGCAGGAAAAUGUGUCCUGGCACAUAAGGAGUUACAGAAGCACACAAUUCGGAUGUGAAUUAGAUGGAAAACCAGGUGGAGUCCCCGAUGAAAAAAAUUUCGGAAAAUUUCACAACCUGUAUAUAAAUCCGGAUCACCGCUGCUCGUCUUCUCCUGCUUCUACAACGCAGCAUUGGUUUGGAGCUAAAUGUGACGUGUGA